AUGUUGUUAACAAAAAGUAUUGGAAAUCUUAAUAUUAAGGUUUCUAAAAACACAUAUGAGUUCUAUUAUCCAUGUGAAGAUCCAUCAGAGUGCACAGACUACGUUGUUGAUAUCCCAGCUGGUCGAUACAAAGUUGAGAGUUAUGGUGCCAGUGGUGGUUAUUCUGAUGACCACAUUAGUGCAUUUCAAGAUCCAUCUAACAACAACAAAUGCUCAGAAGACAUUGUCCUUCAAUUCAAAGGAAAUGCCAAAUGCCGUAAAUAUGCUAGCAUGGGUGGAUCAGGUGGAUAUGUUUCAGGUAUCCUUUCUUUGACUAACACCACUUGUGCCUACAUCAUGAUUGGAGGACAUGGACAAUAUGUCACUCCAACUUCUGUAGUUGAAGAUCCAUAUUUGAAAGAAAAUAUGAUUCCUGGCGGUUACGGCGGUGGCGGUUUUGCCAUUAGAUAUUACUCCUUAAAUGCACCUGGAUCAGCGAGCGGUGGUAGCCGUACUGCAUUAAUGAUUAAUGAAGAUGACAUUUUCCAUUCAAUCCUUGUCGCAGGUGCUGGAUCAGGAACUGAUAACGCUGGCGGUUUUUAUAGAAAGGAGAUGAUGGAAGCGGUGGUUGUGGCGGUAAUUUGA